GCCCCCGCUGCCCGCGGCUUCCCGGCGCCCGAUCCAUUGGUCUCCCUGCCCGCGCCCAGCCUGCUCUCCCGGCGGCCUCGUGCCACCGCAGCUCCCCCCUCCUCGACCCUCUCGCCGUCACUCGCGCUUCCGCGCCUGGGGAACUGCCACGGAGCUCCCCGUGCUUGCUUCUCCAGCGGCGGGACACCCCCACAGGGCUGAAUGAAAUGUGCUGGCCUUCGCCAGGCAGUUUUCAGUACCGUAUAUCAUAACCUUAAGAAUGCAGUCGGUUUGUCAGAGAGUUGGCACUUGUUCCUCAUGUUUGAAGAGACAACUAAAUGGCUUCCUGGGAUUAAUUAAAUGGCAGAGAAGACUGGUUCCUGCUUGUGCGAGAACUAUUUACAGUGAGACGGGGAAAUGGGAAAAAAGCUAUGGGUUGGAGACAAGAAAAAGAGUUGAAAAUUGGUGGCUCCCAAGAAUAAAGGAUCAGUUCUGCAGAAUUUCAGAAACUGAUAAAUCAAGACCAAAAUUUUAUGUGCUUUCUAUGUUCCCAUAUCCUUCUGGGAAGCUUCACAUGGGCCAUGUUCGUGUCUACACCAUCAGUGAUGCAGUAGCUCGGUUCCAGAAAAUGAGAGGGAUGCAGGUGAUAAAUCCAAUGGGAUGGGAUGCAUUUGGUUUACCAGCAGAAAAUGCUGCAGUUGAGCAUGGCCUUCACCCUGCAAGCUGGACAGAAAGUAAUAUUCAGCACAUGAGGGAACAGUUUGAUGCACUAGGUCUCUCUUUUACAUGGGAAAGGGAAGUAACCACUUGCUUGCCAGAGUACUACAAAUGGACACAGUAUCUCUUUCUUAAGCUUUUUGAAGCUGGGAUAGUGUAUCAAAAAGAGGCCUUGGUAAAUUGGGAUCCAGUGGAUCAGACUGUUCUAGCUAAUGAACAGGUGGAUGACAAUGGUUGCUCAUGGCGUUCAGGAGCAAAAGUGGAACAGAAAUACCUCAAACAGUGGUUUAUCAAAACGACUGCUUAUGCAAAGGCUAUGUUUGAUGCUUUGUCUGAUCUCCCUGAGUGGUAUGGUAUUAAAGAAAUGCAAGCAAAUUGGAUAGGUGACUGUGUUGGUUGCUCGCUUGACUUUUUGCUGAAGGUUAAUGGCGAAGUAACAGGAGAGAAGCUAGCAGCUUACACCUAUACGCCUGAAGCCAUUUAUGGAGCUUCCCAUUUAUAUAUCUUACCAACUCACAGACUGCUGCAUGGUAAUAGCAGUCUCAAGGAAGUCUUUCAGAAGGAGUUCAUCGCAGGGAAAGACUCACUUACUUCAGUGACAGCUGUGAAUUUGCUUACCAAUCAGGAGAUUCCUGUAGUCAUCUCAGCAAAAACCAAUUUUGAUAAUUUUCUUGAUACUAAAAUAGGAAUUCCUAGUACUAGUGCAGAAGAUGCUGCAGUAGCUAAGAAUCUGGGCAUUUCUUUCACUGAAGUCAUUGAGACAUUGCCAAAUGGUUUAGAGAAGGUCAUUAAUUCUGCAGAGAUCACUGGCAUGACUCGGCAGGAGGCUUUAAAAGCUAUUACUCAGCGGGCCAAAAAUAAAAGAAUAGGUGGAGACCUAACAAGUGACAAAUUAAGAGACUGGUUAAUAUCUCGACAGCGGUACUGGGGAACUCCUAUUCCAGUCAUUCACUGCCAGACGUGCGGCACCGUUCCUGUACCUUAUGAAGACUUACCUGUAGUGUUGCCCACUGUAACCACCUUCACAGGAAAGGGAGCCUCUCCUUUAGAAAGUGCUCCUGAAUGGGUGAACUGUUCCUGUCCAAGGUGUAAGGCAGCAGCACGGCGAGAAGUCGAUACCAUGGAUACAUUUGUUGAUUCUGCUUGGUACUACCUGAGGUACACUGACCCUCACAACACAGACAGGCCCUUUAAUAGUGACUUGGCAGACUACUGGAUGCCUGUGGAUUUGUACAUCGGAGGAAAGGAGCAUGCGGUUAUGCACUUAUUCUAUGCAAGGUUUUUCAGCCAUUUUUGCCAUGAUCUAAAGAUGACAAAACACAAGGAGCCUUUCCAUAAGCUCUUGGUUCAAGGUCUUAUCAAGAAUCAGACAUUCAGACUAACAACAACAGGCCAGUGUUUGAAGAGAGAGGAGGUUGAUCUCACUGGAACUGAACCAGUUCACCUAAAAACUGGUGAGAAGCUCCAAGUUACUUGGGAAAAAAUGAGCAAAUCUAAGUACAAUGGAAUAGACCCUGAAAAAUUAGUGAAAGAGUAUGGCAUUGACACCCUACGUCUUUACAUUCUGUUUGCUGCUCCUCCAGAACAAGAUAUUUUGUGGGAUGCUAAAACUGAUGCUAUGCCAGGCGUUCAGAGAUGGCAGACGCGCCUCUGGGCACUUGUAACCAAAGUUAUUGAAGCAAGGACUUCAGGAACCAUGCCCAAUCCUGAGCUUCUGAGUAAGAAAGAGAAGGCUGAAGCAAGAAAUAUCUGGAAGCAGAAGAAUCUGGUGAUAUCUGAGGUAACCAAGUACUUCACAAAGGACCAUUUGUUCAAUGCAGCUAUUUCCCGAUUGAUGAGCCUCACUAAUAUACUCCAUCAAGCUCCUCGGCCUCUUAUUCUCCAUAGCACAGAAUUUGAAGAUGCCUUGGCUUCCCUCUGCAUUAUGGUUGCACCUAUGGCUCCACACAUUGCAUCAGAGAUGUGGAAAGGUUUGGCACAUAUGGAGAAUAAACUUUGUACUCAUCAUCACUGGGAUGCUGACGUACUGCAUCAGUCCUGGCCCAAAGUAGACCCAGAGUACCUUCAGCCAUCAGAUGUUGUGGAGAUGUCUGUACUGAUCAAUAACAAAGCUUGCGGCAAAGUUUCUGUGCCUCAGCAAGCAGCCCGCAAUUUUGAAGAAGUCCGUGAGCUGGUUCUUCAAAGCGAACUUGGACUCAAGCAUCUCCAGGGACGAACCAUUAAAAAGGCUUUUCUCUCUCCCCGAACUGCCCUCAUCAACUUCUUAGUGCAAGAAUAGCAAAGGUUUUGCUGGGCUGUAAAAGGAAGCUGGAACCUUUUGAGGUGAAACCAAGCAAAAAAUGCCAGUUUUGGUUAUUUCAAUCUCAUGUAAAGGUGGGGAAGAAAUCUUAUUAAAAUCAGGUUGCUGCUAAAUCUUCGUUUCAAUGCGGAGAAAUAUGCAGAAAUAAAGUUUCUUAUUGUAUCAUAAUAA